AUGGACAAUGGGCGGCAUGGAUUCUUUCAGCCGACUUCCUUUUUCCCCCGCUCGUCAGUCUCAGUCCCACCCAUGGUGCCUCCCCUGUAUCCACCAACCAGUCGAGUUCCAGCUACAUUAGAAUCGGAUCUCCGGGACCUCCCGUCAAAUUCUACAGCAACUUUAUUCGAAAUCCCAAUGUAUGAAAGGCGAAGGUAACAUAUAGUUUUGAAAUUUUAGACCGAAAUCAGAAUCUCUUCGUAUACCCACUUUUGAUGCCUAUCUCCACGAAAAUUAUUUUGCGAGGCUCUCGAAGGGGGAAGCCAAAUUAAACGAAGCUCUCCAUGCCCGAAACCAGAAGAUAACGCCGUCUGGAGAACAAUACCAAGCAGUCUCAUGUAUGGUAGGUGAAGUAAAACAAGCUCUGGAAACUAUUGUGGCGUUGGGAUUAAACAAAGGAGUUGUAAGUCAGCAGUAUUCUUACUUAUAGAUAUUUCUAAACUCGGAUCAUGUUAUUUUUAGAAAAUGGAAGAAUUCCGAAUGGUGGGAUCCUUUAAGAACGACACCAUGCUGAAUAAGAGCAAUGUCGCUGAUAUGGUUCUUGUGUGUUCUGCUUUGCCAAAACGUGUGUUUUAUGGUCCUGUUUGCAAUUUUUUCGUUUAGAUGAUGAUUUAGUUAAGAUGGCCGAAUCUGUUGUUGAUAUGAUCAAGGAUCGCCUUCCUGUAUAUACCUUUACGGUUAUUAAGGAACCUUUUGGUUGCUCAAUUCGGAGCUCGGCCGCUGCCGUCAGAUUGUUGCCGGCGUUAGCAGAUGAUUCAGUCGAAGUUGAGGAAGGUGUACAUAUGCAAAAAGGAUUCUUUAUCAGGAAUAAAUUGGCAUUAAGACACGCCUACUGGUUUGAAGACAAUGUGAAGAACCCUUCGAUUAGAAUGUUGAUUCGACUGGUUAAAGAUAUCAGAAGGAGAUCCAAAGGAAUGAAAUCUCUGAAUGCUUGGACAGUAAUGCUUUUGGUAUGGUGCUUUCUGAAGUAAUGAGCUCUGUUUAGUCUCAUUAUUGUGUUACCUAUACGUCAAAUGGAGAGCCCUUACCUCUAUCGCAUGCCUUCCGAAGAUUCUUUUCGCUUAUAUCGGCAGGCAUCUUAUUACAUACGAGUAUCUCACUUACUGAUCCAUGUUCUCCUGAUUUACGGAUAAACCGGGGUUAUCAGCUCAAUGAGGCGGUAAGAUUCCUUGCCGUUGUUUCUGUUGUUUGGAUCUUAUUGGUUUGAAUUCCAUUAUAGGAUGACAUUUGUCGUUGCUCCCAAUUUGUUCUUCGACUCUUGAUCCAUGAGAAAUACGAUCGAUUACUGGGCAAAAAGAAUGUUCACAGAGAUCUUUGUGGGGAGAACGAGUACGAAAAGAACAAGUUGAAUAUUGCCCCAGUCAGAGAAGCCUACAAUUGUGAUACCAUCGUCAACACACCUGACACUGACUUCUGCACUGAUCUCUAUGUAAGCAAUUUGUUUUGUUUUAAUUUUUUUAGCGUUACGGUGAUUCGCAACCUCCAUUCGAGGAGACUCCGCCCACAUCACCUAAAGUCCUAGAGCCCGUUCAGAAAAAACCGAGGCCCUUACCAAAUCAUAAUGAAUUCAAGGAGUUUUACAAAUCCAUUCAAGUCAUCACCUCUUCACGGCCAGCUGUCAACAAGUCAACCGCAAAGUCGAUGGUUCGGAACGCAUUAUUUAACCCUUGA